GGAAAGAUUUUGGCAAGCAAAAGCAAACUUAAGAUUCACAUGAUAAUCCACACUGGAGAGAAACCAUUCACAUGCACUCAGUGUGGGAAGAGUUUCCGCCAAGCAUCAUCACUUAAUAAACACAUGAGGAUCCACACUGGAGAGAAACCAUUCACAUGCACUCAGUGUGGAAUAAGUUUUAACUGCUCAUCAUACCUUAAACAACACAUGAGGAUCCACACUGGAGAGAAACCAUUCACUUGCACUCAGUGUGGGAGGAGUUUCAACCGCUCAUCACACCUUAAUCACCACAUGAGGAUCCACACUGGAGAGAAACCAUUUACUUGCACUCAGUGUGGGAAGAGUUUUAACCGCUCAUCAAACCUUGAUCAACACAUAAGGAUCCACACUGGAGAGAAACCAAUAACGUGCACUCUAUGUGGGAAGAGUUUUCGCCAAUCAUCAUCCCUUUCUAAACACAUGAGGACCCACACUGGAGAGAAACCAUUUACUUGCACUCAGUGUGGGAAGAGUUUCAGCCAAUCAUCAAACUUUAAUCUACACAUGAGGAUCCACACUGGAGAGAAACCAUUUACGUGCACUCAGUGUGGGAAGAGUUUCCGCCAAGCAUCAUCACUUAAUAAACACAUGAGGACCCACACUGGAGAGAAACCAUUUACUUGCACUCAGUGUGGGAAGAGUUUCAACCGCUCAUCACACCUUAAUCAAGACAAAAGGAUCCACACUGGAGAGAAACCAAUAACGUGCACUCAGUGUGGGAAGAGUUUUCGCCAAUCAUCAUCCCUUUAUAGACACAUGAGGAUCCACACUGGAGAGAAACCAUUCACAUGCACUCAGUGUGGGAAGAGUUUCAGCCAAUCAUCAAACUUUAAUCUACACAUGAGGAUCCACACUGGAGAGAAACCAAUAACGUGCACUCAGUGUGGGAAGAGUUUUCACCAAUCAUCAUCCCUUUAUAAACACAUGAGGAUCCACACUGGAGAGAAACCAUUCACAUGCACUCAGUGUGGGAAGAGUUUCAGCCGAUUAUCACACCUUAAUCGACACAUGAUGAUCCACACUGGAGAGAAACCAUUCACAUGCAAUCAGUGUGGGAAGAGUUUCAGCCGAUUAUCACACCUUAUUCGACACAUGAUGAUCCACACUGGAGAGAAACCAUUCACAUGCUCUCAGUGUAGAAAGAGUUUCAGCAUCUUAUCAUCGCUUUACAGACACAUGAGGAUCCACACUGGAGAAAAACCAUUCACAUGCACUCAGUGUGGGAAAAGUUUUCGCCAAUCAUCAAAUCUUAAUCUACACAUGAUGAUCCACACUGGAGAGAAACCAUUCAAAUGCACUCAGUGUGGGAAGAGUUUCAGCCAAUCAUCACACCUUAAUCAACACAUCAUGAUCCACACUGGAGAGAAACCAUUCAAAUGUACUCAGUGUGGGAAGAGUUUCAUCCAAUCAUCAUCCCUUAAUCAACACAUGAUGAUCCACACUGGAGAGAAACCAUUCACAUGCCCUAAGUGUGGGAAGAGUUUCAGGAAAUCAUCGUCCCUUAAUGAACACAUGAUGAUCCACACCGGAGAGAAACCAUUAGGCUCGUUUGAGUGUGGGAAGAGUUUCAACCAAACAUCAUCCCUUAAAGAUCACAUGAGGAUCCACACUGGAGAGAAACCAUUUACAUGCCCUAAGUGUGGGAAGAGUUUCAACCAAUCAUCACACCUUAAUCACCACAUGAGGAUCCACACUGGAGAGAAACCAUUUACUUAAACUCAGUGUGGAAAGAGUUUCAGCCGACCAUCAUCCCUUAAUAAACACAUGAAGAUCCACACUGGUGUGAGAGCGUAUAUGUGCUUGAAGUGUAAGAAGACUUUUAUUACAGCUGAAGAUUUGAAACGGCACCAGAGAAUUCACACUGGAUAAAAAAACCUACAAGUGUUCACAGUGCAGUAAGAGGUUUACUCACUCACAAACCCUGAAAACACAUGAGAGGAUUCACACUGGAGGUAAACCAUAGACAUGAUCAGUGUGUACAGAGUUUCACAAAUUUGGGGAAGCUUAAGACAUGGGAUGGUUUCCGGUAUGGCAUCAACAGGUGUAGCAGAAUAGAAAGAGCGCUCCCAUACACACUGGUAUUAAUCCUUUUUUUACAUCAUAUAUGAUAACCUAAACCAUGUUUAAAUAACAUGGAGGGGGACAAAAACAAAAAGGCUUGGACAAAACAACCAUUGAAACCUAAAAAAAAAACUAGAAAUCAACAGAUGAAAAAUCAGAGACAGACGGGAUAGCUGAUAGCCUGUAAGCUAGCAUUCCAGCAAUACAUACAGACAUCAAAGUAUUCCAGAUGGAUAUUAAAUUUGAUUUAACCGCCUUCCAAGAUUCUCUCGCAAAAGAUGUGAAAAUGGAACUAAGUAACUUUAAAUAAGAAGUCAAUUAAAAACCGGAUGGCCUGAUCACAGACCUAAACGCAACAGCAGAAAAGGUCAACGAAGUGAGGAAGCGAGUUGGAGAAUUGGAGAACGUUGCUUAGAUAAAAGAAAUUCUUGGUCAAACCAUACAAAUUAAGACAUGAAGAAAACUAUUAAGAGAAACUGUUAUAUCUAGAAGCACGCUCCCGUAGAAAUAAUAUUCAGAUUUUUUGAAUCCCGGAAGGAAGCAAAGGGAAUAAUA